AUGGACGAUUGUGGCAGCGAAUCAGCAACCGCAACAACAACGAUGGCGUUGGACGACAGCGACAUUGCGAUAGCGGCGAGGUCAAGACGGAAGGAAGCAACGAUGGCGUACGGCGACGGCGACAUUUCGAUAGCGGCGAGAUCAAGUCAUUUGGAAGCGACCAAGUGCUCCCGAAAGCAGCGGACUAGCAGUAAGCGGAUCGAAAGCAACAUGCUGAAGGACGUUAAAGAAGCAGUUUAUCAUCGGCGAUCUGAAGCAGAACGUGCGGUCGAAGCAACAAUCGAUAGCUGGACGAACGUUAUGAGAAGACGACCUACUGGCAGUUGA